CGCCGUCCGUGCGCACAGAGUCGGGGCAUUUAAGGCAGCAUGCCAGUCCACAGGCCGAGGCGGUCCUGGCUCUCGAGGGUGCUGGGCACAGGCUCGCCCGGUUCCCCCCGCUCCUGAGGGCAGCCCGGGAGCCGCUCGGCGGGGUGAGGUCGUCCGGGGACCCCGGACGCGGACCCCCCUCUGCAGGUUAAAGAAAUAUGGACAACAACAACCACAUAGUUUUCAGCAUUGUGUGUACCAGUUUUUUCACCUUUCAGUUGCUUUUCCAUUUUGUAAGUCAUAGGUUUUCAGCAAAGGUUUCUUCAGGUUAUAAUAAUCUAAGCAACGAAAAGAAGAUUGAAUGGAACUCAAGGGUAGUAUCUACAUGCCAUUCUUUGGUGGUUGGGACUUUUGGCCUCUACCUUUUCCUCUUUGAUGAAGCUACUAUAGCGGAUCCACUUUGGGGUGAUCCAAAACAUGUGAUUGUGAAUAUUGCUACUGCCUCAGGCUACCUCAUUUCUGAUUUGUUGAUUAUCCUUUUCAAUUGGAAAGUGAUUGGUGACAAAUUUUUUGUGAUUCAUCAUUGUACAGCACUGUAUGCAUACUACAUAGUACUGACCCAAGGAAUGCUGGCGUUCGUUGCCAAUUUUCGCCUACUUGCAGAACUUUCCAGCCCUUUUGUGAAUCAGCGGUGGUUCUUUGAAGUCCUGAAGUACCCUAAGUUUUCCAAAGCGAAUGUCCUCAAUGGGAUACUCAUGACCAUAGUGUUCUUCAUCGUGCGGAUCAUCGUGAUACCUCCACUUUAUAUCUUCAUAUAUUCUGUGUGUGGAACAGAACCCUACAAAAGACUUGGCUUCUUUGUCCAGUGUUCCUGGAUCUGUAGUUGUUUUGUUUUGGAUGUGAUGAAUGUCAUGUGGAUGAUCAAAAUUUCAAAAGGGUGCAUCAAAGUCAUCUCUCUCAUCAGACAAGAGAAAGCCAGAAGUAGUCUUCAGAAUGGAAAACUUGACUGAAGGUGUGCUUUUGUCAAACACCUUGUUUAGAUAAGCAAUCCUCAUUACUACUCAUCUAUAUCUACUAAUAGGAUGAAUUCUUGGCAUGUUCUUGUGCUUCUCUAUUAAUUAGAAUUAUUAUUCGGGGUUUUGUUGUCUUUUUUUUUAACUUUUAGAAAAGAGAAACUUCAAAUUUAGUUUCCCUUUCCAAAAUUUCUUUCCCUCUGCAUUAGAAGCAUGGAUUAAAAAUUGAGAGGUUUAAAUAAAAGUUACAAAUCUAGUGGCAAAUCUUCCCAGGAAUCUCCUAGCCUGCAAGCGGUAGUUUUCUCUUUAUGAUGAUGAUUGUGAUAAGUUGGUGCACACUUAGUGUAGCCAGUGGUUCUGUUGAGAAAGUAUGGGAACUACUUUUCAGUAUGUAGACAGCUCUAACAUCAGUACCAUUUUCCUUUUCAGAUUGCUGUCAUCUCUUUUUUCCUAGGCUAUUCAAAAAGUUCUGGUUUUGAUUUCAGAUCUGCUAUUAUCUGUUGAUGCUGGAUACAUUUUGUUCACUUGAGAAUAUUUCCUUCUUUUAGUUAUGGAAAUAUGCUUCAUACAUUUAAUUAUUUGUCUCCUCCUAUUUCUAGCAUUUUCUCAAAUUGUUGUUUUUAUAUUUUAAGAAAGAUGAUGGAUCUUCUUAAGGGAUGGAUUUCUUCUCAAAGUGCAUAUUGGUCGGUGUUUGGUGAUUACUUAAGCUAAUCAUUAAGGAAAAAUGCUUUAUUUAACACUGCUGUCUUGUCUUCCUUGGCAUUUUUUUCUAUGAAAAACAUACUUCUAGCAUUUCCCCUGGGUUCACAACUGAGCUCCACACUGGUGAUAUGCAGUUUGCCUUUGUCAUGCCCCGAAAAUAGGCCUCUUGUUGGUGAGACUGGACAACAAAAGAAUCAGUAUUCAUAUUUUAUUCAGUUUCUACUCCUGCUUGCUUAGUCAGCAUUUUGAAUGCUUUAGAUUUUCUUGUCUUUCUGGAAAAAGAAAGAGCAGGAAAGAAGGUAAUUCAAUCCAAGUAUUCUGAUUAUCAAAAUUAUUGUCUUACAUGAAGAGAAAUGACUGCUUAUGUUGUGUGUGUGUUUCUAUACUUUUACUUUGAUUCUAACAAUAUAAAUACUAGAAUUA